CAGUAGAUAUCUCUGUCUUUGACACAACGUCAACACUGUAACCUCUUCACAUUAUUUUUAAUGAUUUAAACUAAAAUUUCUGGACUUAUUUUACACGCUGCUAAAAACAACUCAUCUAAUACAGAUACAUGUUGCUGUAGCCAGCAUCAAUGAUCUCCACCUCUGUCUGCCUGUUGGGAUUCAUCUCCUGCGUCUCCAGAGCUUUGGCUGUAAUCAUGUGACAUCACGGUGAUAUGAUGCCGUGUGACUCGUGUCAGCUGUUUGCUCCACUUCUUCACAGCAGCUCUACUCUGUGGUUUGAGAUUGAACACUGAGAGCAGCCUUUUAACUUUUACUUUAAAGUAUUUGUCAGACUGUGUUUACAUGCACACUAAUAUUCUGAACGUCGUGUUGUCUGAUUCACACGUGUGUGGUUAUGCUGAUGAUGUUCAGGUUUUUAGUGCACUCAGAUUACGCCUCUCAGUCAGUGUUUUACUGCACUUUGCUUGUUUACUGUCGGCUCUGUGUUUGCGUUUUAGCCCAGUUUAGCUAAGCCUGCAGAGCGAUGACGACACGACUGCAGCUGGAAGAGGAGGGAGACGAACGUUACGUAAAGGACGAAGCUGUAGAGCGUCUUCAUCGUUUCAGAUUAAUCACAGGAUUCAGGGCUGCAUGCAAACAUGAAUAUUAGGGAGUAAGUUGUGCAUGUAAGUAAAGUUAGUUUACUUGAACCUACUUGAAUAUAUUCUCAAACAUUCAUCAUAUUUCCUUUGAAGAGAUAAAAACUGAACUCUGGUGUUGCUGCCUCUGGCAACACUUCGCUUAGACUCAGAACUGUUGGUACAUAAAGAGGCUGUGCAGCUCAGUGAACAAUGAACACAGAACAACAGGCACGGAGCACAGGAUCAGGAUCUAUCGAUGAAUAAGACAUUUAGACAACGUAGCGUCCUCCUGACCUGAUGAUGCACACACGUCUUCUCUUCUGCUCCACGCACAUUUUAUAAGAACAUUUGUUCUGCAGCUCCGUGUUCUUCCCCUCCGUCAGUUUGUGUAAAGCAGAAGAGUGCAUAUGUUCACAGCAUGCAAACAGUAACAACCUGACUCCACAUCCAUCCCGGCUCCCUCAGUGUUUGUCCGUUUGUACUCAGACCUGAUGAACAAUAAUGAAGUAUGAUUCCUGGUUCCUCUGCUGCAGGUACACCUUUUUCUUCGCGCUGUAUCCCAUGGGAGUGAGCGGGGAGCUGCUGACCAUCUACGCAGCGCUGCCCUUCGUCCAGAAGACGGGUCUGUACUCCGUCACGCUGCCCAACAAGUACAACUUCUCCUUCGACUACUACAGCUUCCUCAUCCUCGUCAUGAUCUCCUACAUUCCCCUCUUCCCCCAGCUUUACUUCCACAUGAUCCGGCAGAGGAAGAAGGUUCUGGGCCACGUGGAGGACUACAGCAAGGUGGAGUGAGCCCGGCAGCUUCCUGAACAGAAACCACAAGAACCGACAGAAGAGGAACAAAAGUCACGUCUGCUUAAAGAAACAUGAGCCGGGAUCCAAAGCCGGCAGGAGAUUCUAAUUAUCGAGCAACUUCCUUUGUUGUUGUUUUCCUCCAGCUGGUGUCCGGGUCGUAUAGAUGCUCACAAAUCAUCAACAAAGUCUGUUUGUACUUUUAUUUGUAUUUAUGAAGAAUACUUGUGUGUUUAGUCGGGCAGCGUGCAGCUGUGAUGAGACGGUUGAUCAGAACGACUGCACUGAUAGAAUCAAUGAGCUCCUGUAGAGAUAGACCCCCCCCCCCCCCCCAUGAGAUAAAAACACUCGUCCUGACGCGAGGCGGUAGCUUCUGCAUCUACAGUUUGUUUGUUGGUGCAAACUUUGCUUCCAGAUUUGUGAUUCCUUCCUCUUAGUUUUUUUGUCUUCUUUCAUUCAUUUCAGUCAGAAGUCUGAUGACAUUCCUGCUCACGUUGAAUAAACCUGUUUCCAUUCUGUGCUCGCAUGCUGUUCCAUCGGCUCCUCUACUGCUCGUUUGGUGUUUGUUUGGACGUCGUUCUGGUUUCCGUCUUCAGUCUCUGUGAUGAGCUGUGUCAUCUGAUGUCUUCAUUGUUUGAUGUUUAGGUGCGCUAUACGUUAAUAGUUAUUGUGUUUUCAUCACUCCUCCAUCUAAGUGAGCAAACAUCUGUCUUCUCAUGCAAUCACAUUUUCUUUCUUUUUUAUCUUUUUUAAUUAACUCAUUUUAGCUCAAAUGAAGUGAUGCUUUAUAUAAUUACAACACGCACACUUUCAUUCAAGCUUCAUUAAACUCUAGUUAACUGAACCGUGUGUUUAUAAUAAAACAGUUAAGACGUCAUAACGUAAGUUUAGAGACAGAAAGCAAACGGUAGCAACAGGAUGAGCUGUGAUACGUAACGAAAAACAAAACAGCAUUGUAGCCUCAAUAUAUGUCGGAUGUUCUUUAUGGACUUUUAUUUUGAAAUACAGAGACCGGUGGUCAUUGAUGUAAUGUCCCUGUUGGUGGGGAGCGUUCAGUGUUUUAUUUGUAACGGUCAUAUUUGAUGCUUAAGCUCGUUGUUUUUGGAUGAUGAUGCAUUCGUGACGUCUUAGAGUCGUGAUGCUGAAUUCUCUUUUUUAUACUUUGUUCUUUUAGCUGCUGUUAGUGAUUUAACAGCAUUUUAUUGACCUGUUAGUUCAAACCUUUAACUCUUCUGCUCCUCUGAGCUCAUUACGCUGCAGCAAGCGAGAGCUUCAAACACUAGAGUUCAGCAAAAAACAGAUUUAAAGAGUUACUCUUUAAAGGUUCAGUGUGUCUGAUCUCAUAAAUAUCACGUUGUUUUAAGGUCGUUCUGCUCGUCAUGGUGCACGUUUUACACCACUUUGUUACCAUGAAGCAGUCGAAAAACAUGCUUGGGCCUAAAAUAAGUUUGUAAAGCGUAAACGAUGUAACGCAAGUAAAACACGUCACAAACAUCAGUAACGUAACUUUGAAAUAUCUCAACAACACCUUGGGACACGAACACUGGUCUCCUAGUUUAAAGUCGUGUUUGUUUGACCCGCCCACAUCCUGUCCUUCCAAACCUCUUUACAUCACUUUAUCUGAGCGUAGCAUAUUCACGCAAACACAUUUACAGCAGUCAAGACAGACUAUAUGGCGAUAAAAUUAGAAGCAAAAAGCAAGAAUUGGUGCCAAUAAUAGAAAUUGAAUAUAAUAUCCAUAACUAUGUUUUUAUUCACAACUUACUCGUUAGCUUAGAAUGAGCCCCGUGUGAACGGAGGGUGUUCAGUUGGCUGCAAUCUGCAACUGCACCACUAGAUGUCACUAAAUCCUACACACUGCUCCUUUAAAUCUAGUUCACCCAAAUUACAAAGAUCCUCUUCUCACGUGUAGACAGUUUGGGUUUUAUCUUCCUACUAUCUUGGUGCAUUGGAGGUGAAUGGAAUCUAGUUCAUUCGCAAUGAAAACGUUGAUUUAUAUUAACAGUGUCGUUGCCAGAUUCCCCUUUAGAAGCUGUAAAAAAAACAAAAUGUCACCUGUCAUGCAAUGCAGGUUUAUUCAUCUGUAGUACUGCGUCCCCUCUCGGGGUCCUGCCCCACAGCUUUGGAACCACCAGCUAACACGCUGUCGAUAGCUUGUAUGGGUUUGAUUUCUCUGGAAGAUGGUGGUUCCAAUAGAAACGGUGAGGUCUGUGAGAACACUGGUUUCUACAAAAAAGUCAGUAUUUGUAAUAGUGUGAUGUUUAGAGCAACAGAAACAGAAUUCAUUUCACAUUCAUGGUAUUUGGGUCAGAGGCAGAAAUCACUGCCAAAACCUCUGCAUGUCUAAACACUAAUCUACUGGAAGCAAACAAGGUGUUUGUAGUGAAUUGGUUGAACUGACCCUUUAAUGUGUUUCCAGUCCUUUCAGAAUCCAUUAGUGUGCCUAAAUGUCACGGAUAGCUCCGCCUCCAACACAAGUGACGCCUGCUGUCAUGAUCAUAAAACUUUAUUCUGUAGCAAAGUGAGCAGCUGAUGACUGAGCAUGAUGAGUGCAGCUCCUUGUAAAAACUGCAUGAAAGAAGGAAGUCUGGAAACCUGGUGAUGUGUGUUACAACCUGAACUACUAAAUACAAAAGCAUGGCUAUGUUACUCCACAACUGGUUCUACUGAAUAAAGUUUUGAUACAAAUGUUUUGCAUGGGCCAGCAGACUUUGUACAGGUAUGAAUACUGAGUAUAUAUUUACAAUAAACCUAUAACAUGGGAAGCA